AUGGGGAAAAAGGGUGAGAUCACCAACUUCAAUAGAUAUAGUGAUCUAGGCAACAGGAGAGGCGGAAAACGGAGGAAUAAAAGUAAAGAGUUUUAUGGCAGUUUAGAGGUGUUGGACAGUAGCUGUAAGUCUCGGGAUAACAGCUGCAAUAGUUCGGAAAACAGGGCAGAUUUGCAUUCAGAACAAAAUGUAAUGAUCUCGGUGCGGGAUGGAGUUCAAGGCAGUGAUGAAUGGUACUUAGAUUACAGUUGUUCAACAAAUAUGACGAGGAGACAGGAUUAUUUUGUGCAAAUCAAUCAAGUCAUAAAAAGUAGAGUUAAAUUCACGGAUGAUUCUACUCUUGCGGCCGUAGGUGUCGGUGAUUUCUUGAUCGAGGAGAAGAAUGGUGGACAUUAUAUGAUCAAGGACGUGUUGUAUAUUCUGGGUAUUAAGUGUAAUAUUUUGAGUAUUGGCCAAUUGCUUGAGAAAGGCUACAAAAUACGCUUGGAAGACAAGAUCGUUGUGGAUGCUAGUGGAGUGUUGAUACUUAAGGCUCUCAUGGCUUUCAAUAGGACUUUUAAAGUGGAGUUGAAAGUAUUGAAGCAUAGGUGCUUAGCUACAGCUCGCGUCGAGAAGAGAGGCUAUGGAACUAACGUCAUUUGA